GCAAACCUCCCAAUCCGGCAUAUUCGGAUGAUCGAAAAGCAAUUGGCGGUGUGAGCAACCACAAUUUUCUGCCCAAAUACCGGCUGCAGGCUUGGAGUGAGGAUAUAUCACUGAAGUUUUUGUUGUUAUAAAUUGCGGUUGAAACCAAACAUACCCCUGAUUUGGUUGAAGAUUUUAGUUCCUUCCUUGGACAAGAAUCACAAGACACAACUCUUUCCUCAGCUCCGCCACAGGACGGCAAUAGUCAGAGCACCCACUCCAUACACACUUGAGCUCUACAAGGAUCAACAAUGUCAGACGACGAAGCAGAUCCUGAGCUUCUGGCCUUGUUACGCCAAUCUCUUGGCCUAGGUCCCCGAUCGUCCACAGCACCGCCAGAAACCAAGGUUUUGGAUCAUGCUCGAUACAUCUACGACAACAGCAUUGAUGUUGCUCUAGAUAUGCGGAACACGCAAGCUGCAGCUCAAUUGAUAUGGAGCCAGAUGCAACAGAAGAAGUAUAGUACGGAGAAUUGGGCCAAGUAUGAGUUGCAUCCGAAAGCAAAGGAUGAAAGUACUGUCAAUUUUAUUUUCACCAUGGACUUGCUCAACUUUUCGUUCUGGUGUGACGAAGAGCCAGGGUAUGAGGUAGAAUGGCAGGGGAAGCGGUGGACUGGGUAUUGGAGCAUGGUAGCGGCUCUUCAAAGAGCACUUCACGAAGGUAUACCGAUCACGGAUCCGUCUUUCUGGAUACCUGUAUCAAAGGCCGAGGACGCUCUCGUGCCAGAAGAGGUUACGACUGUUGAGCAGACUGUGGACGAGCAUCACGUGGAAACUGCACAGAAGGUGACCAGCGACACCACCAACGCAGAAAUACCCUUGGCGGAUGAAGCCAACGACAUGACUCCGACUGAAACAUCAAAGGCUGUAUGUGAAUCCCAGGACGAGUCCCAAGACGCAGGUAUCCCAAUCGUCGAACAGCCAGAAACCACAGAGCCAGAGGACAUACCGCGAGAGAAAACAGACCCAGAGAACACACCACCAGAAGCCACAGACCCAGAAAACACACCACCCAAGCAAACAGACCCAGAACCCUCUCCCAAACCACCAUCACCACCAAAACCAAAACCGACCCUCGACCUCCCAACAAUGCAACACAUCUUCCGCUCCACCACCAGCACCCCAAUCCCCAUGCUCGAAGAACGCCUCCAAUGCCUCCACGAAGCCGGCACCGUCCUAGCCCACGACUUCGGCAGCAGCAUCCCCGCCAUGAUUAAAAAGGCCAACCACUCCGCCGCCGCACUCGUCAACCUCCUGGCCGACCACUUCGCCUCCUUCCGCGACGAGGCGCGCUUCGAGCGCAAAACAGUCCGUCUGCUCAAGCGCGCCCAAAUCUUCGUCGCGGACUUGUGGGCCGCGUUUAAUGGGGAGGGGUACGGUGCGUUUGACGAUAUUGAUAAGAUUACGAUGUUUGCUGACUACCGCAUCCCCCAAGCCCUCCACCACCUCGGCUGCCUCUCCUACAGCCCCGUCCUCGAAUCCCAGAUCAAGAACCGUCGGCCCAUCCCCGCGGGCCAUAGCUGGGAGGUCCAGAUCCGCGGCUGUUCGAUUUGGUCUGUCGAGUUGAUCCGUCGUGAGAUUGUGGCCAAGCAUCCCGGUGCGAAGGUUAAUGCUGUUUUGCUGGACUUUUUCUUGUAUGAUACUGUUAAGGAGUUGGAGGGGGAGUUGGAGGGGGAGGAAGGGUUGAUGCCGCAUCAUCGGACGAGGAGUGUUUGGUAUUGAUACUUGGGGAGGCUUGUGGCUGUGGGAUGUGAUGGCCGUUAGAUGGUGGGUUCAGAUUAGAUUAGAUUAGGUGGUUAUGUCAACGUCCAUGUC